AUGUCUUCUCUGUACGACCAAUCCAUCCCCGUGAUGAUUAAGUACCUCAACAACGCCUCCAAAAUGCUCGACAAAGCCGCCACUUACGCCGACGAGAAAGGAAUGAAGCACGAAGACAUACUAACGUUCCGCUUGCGAGAUGACAUGAGGCCUCUCCCUUACCAAAUCCAAUCCCUCUCCAACACCGUAAAAUGGUAUUGCGUCCGCGUCCUCCAACAACCCAACACCAUCCUCGAAGACAACGAAACCACCUUCGCUGAACUGCAAGACCGCAUCAAAACCACCAUCUCCCGCCUCGAAUCCAUCUCUCCUUCUACCCUCGACCUUGCAAAGAUCGCUUCCGAACCAAUUAUAAUGGAGAUUGCGAAGGUGGGGAACUUUAGAUUUGAGAGCGGGCAGACGUAUUUGUCAGAGUAUGCGAUUCCGAAUUUCCAUUUCCAUUUGACGACGGCAUAUUGUAUUCUUAGACAUCUUGGGGUCCCGUUGGGGGCUUUUGAUUAUCUUGGGGGUGUGUUUCACAAGGUUUAG